AAGACUUGUGUUCGCCUUUUAUCAUUCUUUUCACCUUCAGACGUAAACUAGCUUGCUUAAAGAAUAGUUGUGUUUUCUGGAUCAAAUUCCAAUUUCAUCAUUUCAUCCGAUAUUUUGAGAUUAUUUACCCGUUUGGGUGCAAGUGAAGUACAUUUGUAACUGAAUACGUGGUGACGCAUUAAACAAAGAAAAGUUAAGCUUCGUUGCGGAAUUCGUCACUAGGGUAUCCCAGUGCACUGCCGGGUGCUAUUUUCGGCAAAGCUCGGCCGUUCGCCUCUGGUGCAGCGAAGAGAAGAUUUAGUCUGUGGCGCUCACGGCUUGCGUCCGCGUCGUUGUUCUAUGCAACAAGUGAAAUUGGUUUUCGGGACCCUCUACCCGGCUUAUGCAUCAUAUAAAGCUGUCCGGACGAAGAACUUAAAGGAAUACGUAAAAUGGAUGAUGUAUUGGAUAGUGUUCGCUUUAUUCACUUGCACGGAGACGUUUACGGACGUGUUCCUGUCAUGGUUCCCCUUCUAUUACGAGGUGAAGAUAGUCCUGGUACUGUGGCUGUUGUCUCCAGCCACCAAGGGCUCCUCCAUACUGUACAGGAAGUUUGUGCACCCGGCGCUCUGCAGGCGGGAACAAGAAAUAGAUGAGUACAUAGCGAAGGCCAAAGAUCAGGGUUACCACACAGUGCUCAAUUUGGGCACUAAAGGCGUCAACUAUGCGACCACAGUAAUCAUGCAGACUGCCAUAAAAGGUGGCGGCGGGCUAGUUCAGCAAAUACGCAAGAGUUACAGCCUGUCAGACCUGACGGAGUGCGAGCCGCGUGAGGAGAGAGGAAGCGAUGAAGCUGAUGAUGUUCUCACAGAACCUAGGCUUCUGCGACGAGGUGGUAAAAGUGGUUUCUCCACCCGUCGCAGCGCUUCAGAGUCGAACAGCCGUUCUCCCAUGUAUUUCCCUGAGGUCGAUGUUGAUGUCAGACCUCGACCAAGAUCUGACGAACCAGAUUUCAGUCACAUAAAAUCAACAGAGGACAUAAGUUCGGGCUAUUCAAGCGCGGACAACAGUGCAUCACUCACUCGUACGGCGUCGCUCGGCGCAGGCGCCCGUGCGCGCGGCCGUACUACCCGUACUACUGUUACUACCAUCAAGCGACCACAAGCUGCUGAGGAAAAUGAAGUAAUCAUCGAGGAGCUACACGACGACGAUAGUUUUGAAUAUUCGAAUAUGCCCGCUCUAAUUAAUCUCCCGUCUCCUCUCUAUUUGUCCCACACGCAACCUCCCUUCAUAUACCAAUAUGUUGGCGACCAAGUAAAGAUCCUCCAAGUACUAGGUAAUUACCCAUUCGCUGCAAAUGUUAAUAAUCAAACUAAUAACAAUACAGAUCACUGGGACCAAAAAGAAGUCAUUUCCGAAGAAGCUUCAGUAAUUAGUUCAGUAGAUAAAGAUAAUGCGAAUAAUAAAAGUUCUGAAGAAGUUGUUAAGAGUAACGAAAGCGAUGUUGUUUCGGACAUUCCUAUUGCAAGUCAACCAAAAGACAAUAAUGAUGACCAAUCUAGUUCAAAUAAUGAAGAUGUAGUGUUUGAGACUGCCCUGGAUACUAAUGAUAAACAAUCCGUAGAUAGAGAAAUGAAAGAAGCAAUAACUGCAAUUUUAGAAGAACACACUGAUGCUACUAGUCUUGACACCUCUAUAAACGACAAUGACUCUGCCGAAAGUGAUGACGAGGCGUCUUUUGGAACUCCCGAAGACUCUCCUAAAAGCAAGAGAAAAACUCCAAAAGGAAAAUAUGGCAAAAGCAAGGCGCCACCACCACCGCCCAAAAUUGAUGCGGGAAACGUACCACAAGAUGAUAGUAAAGAAACUUCUAGUAAAUCAGAGACAGAUACAGUUAUAAAAAGUACGACGUCCCAAGAAAGUUUAAAUGAUAUUGUAAAUAAACUACCAAAUACAACCAUUAAGGAAUCUGGAUCAUCAAAAAGCCUACAAGUCAUUAAUCCCAUAGCUGAAAACAAAAAGAGGCAUAAAUCCAAAUCGCCAGCUCGAAUCCCAAAAGGCAACAGUUCUGGAUUAGGAAAACUAUUACAGUUGCCAGGCAAAUUUGCUUUUUGGAAUAAGAGUGAAGAGAAACCAAAAGUAGAUGAAACAUCAACUUCGUCAGAUGAUCACAGUCGAAGGUCAUCAACCAUUGAAAAGGGUGUUGAUGACUUUCAAGAUUGUACGGAGUUGGACACUGUCGGCACUGACGAAGCCAAACCUGAUGAUUUACCACAGAUUGAAAAAUCAGAUGAUCAAAUUAGUUUCAAAGAUGCAUCUGGUUUAGACGAAGAAGUCAUAUUAUCUCAAAACAUUAUAGAUAAGAGUGAUGCUCUGCAGAAGCUCAUUGAAGCUAAGAUAGCUGGUCAUCCAGAAUAUAAGUUUAUAUCUUUACACGAAGAAACGCCCACUUCGUCGAAAAGUACAGACGUGUAGGGCUAUUCCUAAAUUCCCAAGCCGCUUUUAUUUGCAGCUGAAGUUAGCCAAAACAGUAUGUUUAUUUUAGUUUCGUUUUGUGAGUGUUAUUUACAUGCAUGGUUUUAGUUUGUUCGCCUUUUAUAACAAUACUACACCAAAGUUAAUCUCAAAAUGUAUGUUACACCUAAACAAAUGCUUAGCAUUUCAUAAUGAGUGUAGUGUUGUAUUUUAUUUUUAUAUUUAUUUAAAUCAAUGUUUCCUAAUCCUGUGUAAUCACUUACAACCUAAGCCAAUUUAUAACUCUAUGUAUAAUAUGGUUGCACUUUUAGUAAUUGUUAAUACUUUUUACUGGACUGAGUGUUAAAAAAUGCCACCAUCUUCUACUACAAAUGAGUAGUGCUUGUGCUUUUUUGAGUUAGUUAUCAAUUUACUCCUUUUAUUUUCAGGCAAUGCUGACGGCCUCUGCUACCAUUCCUCGCGCAAAAAAAUCUAAUAAAAGGAAAACACAGUAGAUCGUAUCCAAAUAAGUAUUACGUUAUCCUUCUAGCCGAGCUUCGUGCAAGAACGAUUUAUGCUCUCUAUAUUCUGGAAAAUUAUACUAUACAUUUUAUUUUAAAAGAAUAAAAAUUUAAGUAAACAUAAAAUGUGCAGCUAUUAGGGAGCAUAAUGUUUUUCCAAUCUUCCGCGCUUUGACAUUGUUGAAUGUAUACUAUUUAACCUACACCACAUUGGCCAAAGGUAGACCUGCAUGCGAAUCUCACUUAGCUGUUAAUUUCACGAAACGGUAUUUAGUGAUUGGUAAUAUAAUUACAAAAGAUGCGGUUAAACUCAACCGAUUGAAUGGUCUUCUCCUUCAUUAUGCCCGAUCUUGACUGUACUUCUUUGUAAACACUUAUUAUAACUAAUAGGUAUUGUUUGACAUAAGUAACUACGUAGUUUAAUUUCGUAUAAAACUAUUUCCUGGCUAUGGGUUUCUUAGCCAACGGUUAGUCUAUUAAUUUAUAUUUUCGCGACUGUCAUUAGCGGAUUAAAAAAUGCAUCAUUCUUCCUCUGAAAAAAUAAAAUCGAAUCAAUUUUUUUACUACAUAAAGUGGCUUCCAGAUACGGUUUUUUUUUCAAUUGAUGCAAAAUUAAUUCGAUUGAAUUCAUGCUGAUCUCAACCAAGUCGCGGUUUGAUUAUUAAAUGUUAACUCAACGAUGACUAACCGUCUAUUUAUUAUAUUAGGCAUCAAAUGCGUGAUUGUUUUUAUGGAUAUUAUUUAUGAGAUACAAAUUCUCAAUAAUUCUCCUUUUACUCUUAACGCCAGUAUUUGUAUUAGUUUUUGUAUGGCUAUGUCAUUGAGAAUCUUAUAAAGAAAUUGUAGUGAAGUGAAGUUAGUCAAUCAUUACUAUUAAAAUAUCAUAGUGACCAUCAAGAGGCCGUAAUAAUAGGACAUAUCAGUCCUACAUAUUUACUAUUAUAGUAUUACUAAGCAUUGUUACCCAAAUAUUACUAUAAUACCACAUUCGCGUUCUAAUUAUCGGUAAUUUAUAAUUUUAGCCAAAAAUUGCCAAAUUGACACUAAACGACUCAACAAUUAGCAGAAGUUAUUUUGUAUUAGUCAUAUUUAUUAUAGAAUUAGUUUAUAGAAAAAUAAAACUAGUCGUUAAUAAUGAAUUUAAUUGAUAAACAGCUUCAAUGAGGCUUCAUAUCGGAAUUGUAUGAGAAUGUCAGGCGAGAUGCGGUAAGGCAAAAAUUAUGAAAUCACAAACUGGAGUCUGCUUUGAAUAAAAAGCAUUUUCUUAUUCUAAUGAAGUUUUACAGAUAUUUUAUGAAACCUUGGUUUUGUGAUACCGAAUUUGAGCUCAUUUACACCAGGAUUAUAGAUAAGAGAAAGGUACAGCACAAAAUGCAAACAAUGUGGAAUAUUGAAUAAAGAUUUAUUUUUACAGAUCACUACAAUAGUAUGUCCCUUUUUCUCAGAAGAUUAUGAAAGUUCCUCAUUAUAAUUAUUUACAAAUAAUUUGUAAUUCAAUAAUUAUUAUGAAAGUAAUAGUUGAUUGAACUUAUUGUAACACAGUAUGUCAAUAUUUCCAAAUUAGUUGGUUGUGCAGCUAGCAUUUUGUGUCCUUUUCAAUGGAAUGUUACUGCAUUUUUAUUCAUUUGAUGUUACCCUAUAAUUUAGUUACCUCGUUACAUAAAAAUGUAUAUUUAUUUACUAGUUGACUGUCACAUUUUUGCGUAAUAAUUUGUGUUUGAGUUUAUUGAAAUAAAUGACUAUCAUAAUUAUA